AUGUUGCCUCCUGUACGUAGAUCCGAACGGUUGAAAGGAAAGACGGUUGAUUACUCGGUGUAUUUCAAGAACGUAACAUUGAAAUCGUAUAGAAAUUUCUAUGAUAGUUUGUACUACUGGAAAGAGAAGCGUAAUUCACCUCAUCAAAGAAGUACAAGACGGAAGCCGAGACAGCAUGACGGAAAUUCCACAAGACGUUCUAGAAUUAGCACCGACACCAGUCCACCUAUAAAUCCAAUUGAUAGAGUUAAACAGACUAUUACUAAGUUAACCACAAAAUGUAAAACGAAAGGAUUGAUGAGCAGUAUUCUUGGAAAGAAAUUUACAUGUUCAACUCCAUUUCUAGUCAGAUCAAGAGAUGGUAGUAACACGAGCCCACCUUCGAGUAGUAAAAACGAUGACUAUUUCGCUCAUAUUUCUCCGAUCAGCCCUGGACAAAGCUGCGACUUGAACGUUUCCGUGAGUGAUGUGAUGGACAUCAGCCAACAGUUCGCCGGAAUGAGAAAGAAAACUAGGAGAAAUCUAACUUCUAUAGCUGAAGAAGUUAAAGGAAGACCACUUGCCGAAGAAGAGUUAGAUGAGCUUCAGACAACAAUACGAGAUUUGGAUCUGAGUGGCUUUUACAGUAACAACGAAAUGGAAAGCCGUACCAGAACUCCUGUGCGACAGAUAUUUGUGGCAAAGCCCAUAGAUCUGGACUCAAUCGGAAACACACCGAGGUCAUCUGUUUUUACAUUUGAAAAUAAUGGGUUAAGUCCUCAAUCCAUACGUUAUGCAAGAUAUGUUGAACGCCAAUACAUUCGUCGGAAUACAUAUAACCCUGAUAAACCGUUAAGUGCAACACGUACUUCUUCGAGUAACACUAAAACUUUGAAAAUGCUUGAUACAACUUAUACUAACGUCAAAAAAAUGUUGCGAACACGAAGAAGUUCCGAUUCUUAUGAAGAAGAUAGUGAUUAA